UUUAGACCUCAGUCGAGAAGCAUUGUCCAGCCGAUUUUCUGCAGACCAGAUCUAAUAUUCACAGCGUUACAGCCGUGUCUUGGACCACAGUCGAGGAGAAUCAUCCAGACGAUCUUUAGAGACCAGAGCUAGUAUUAACAUCUUAAAACACCUGUUUUGGACCACAGUUUUGGAGGAUCAGCCUGCUGAUUUUCUACAAACGACAGUCUACGACAAAUAUCCACACUUUUGAAGACUUCAGGGCCGUUUCAACUUUGUUCUACCACGAUCACGGAAAUGUGUCGACAGAACAAAAAGAGAACCAACCCGAAAAAGAUGGUGAGGGUGGCUCACGCUGCCCCUCAAGACCAUCCCGUAUCUCACCAGGGCGAGGGCCCUCAGGUCAACUCUGACUCUGAGCGUCCUCGUCAGCCCUGGAAGGAUGAGAGGAUGGCCAUGAGCUACACCAUCCACAACCUCAAGUACAAGCUUGAAAGACUUGAGGGUCUUAUGGAUCUCAGGGAGAGAGAAUUCAAGGCCGAGCUCAAAAACAAGUAUGAGAUCAUCGCAUCUCAUGAGGCCACGAUCUCAAACCUGAAGAGUGAUCUCCAGUUCCGGGUGGCGCAGGUGGAGAACCUCAAGCACCAGAGCAAUCAGGAGAAGGACGACAUGGCAGCGAGACUGGAGGCAGAGAAACAAAAGCUGGCUGAGCAAAACAACCAGAUGCUCCAGCUAGACCUCGACAAACAGAAGAGCGUUCUGCUCCAGAUCGACCUGCAGAUGAAGCAGUUGAAGGAGUUGGAGCAGGAGCUCCAGCAGAAGGACGACGUAAUAUGUCAUCUCAGGAAGGAGAAGGUGGGUCUGUCUAACAAGCUCACGGAGGCCACAGACCAGCUGACAAACUACAAAGCUGAAUUUCUCCAGAGCAACCACGCUUGGCAGACAAAAUAUGAAGCUCUGCAGGAGAAGUUCAGCCAGCUGGAGGUCAAAGAACAGAGCUGGAAGACGAGUGUAGAACAGGUGGAGGAACAAAAGAAAGAGCUGGAGGAGCUCGCCAUGAAACUGAAGGCGAGCAAGAAAGAGAAAACAGAAUGUCUGCUGCAAAACGACAAGGACUGGCAGGCAAAAUACGACGCAGAGAAAGAACACAAGAGGGAGGAGAAAAUGACACAGGUGGAGGAAACAAACCAAGAGAUGGAGGAAACAACCACAGAGCUGGAGGAGAAUCAGCAAAUCCUGGAGGUAACAGUAAACCAGGUGGACGUGAAGAAGACAGAACCAGAGGACAUCUGCUUCAGGACGGAGGAGGAAACUGAGGUGAAAAAGCAAAGUACGACAGAUAAGAAGAUGAGGAAGAAAGAGACGAAAGCAAUGAAGCUGAAGCAAAAACAAGAAACGGAAGACCUGAAAAAGAAACAAGAAGAAGAGGAGAAGGAGCUGAAAAGCAGACAGAAGCUAGAAAAGCUUCAGGAGAAGGAAAUGAACAAGAAAAAAGCACAGAUGAAGGCAGAGCUCCAAAAGAGAGCAAAGGAGGAGAAAAAGGAAAUGAAAAGAAAGGAGAAGGAAAGAAAGAACGGCGGAAAAAAAUGUGACAGCGACGCGAAGGUAGAGCAGGCUGGCGGUUGUUCAAUAAAAUCCCAUCAGUAGCUCCAUCUUCCCCUCCUGCACCUCUCCACCGUUUCUCCAUCUUCCUCACUCCUUCAUCUUUCCCCCUCAAACCUCAUCAUCACCACCUCUCUUCUCAUCUUUCUCCAUCUCACUGUGAACCCCCCCCCUCCA